UGGCAAAUAAAUGCUUGGAAGUAGCCGAAUAACAGUUUUUGAGAAAUAAGCUGCUGACAAAAACAAGAAACCAAGAGUUCCAUUUCUCUAAAAUCUUCUCUCUAGCAGGAUUUUCAAUGGCGUCAGAUCCGAAGAUUCUGUCAUAUGAUGAGGUUGCAAACCACAACAAGCUCAAAGAUUGUUGGCUUGUUAUUUCCGGAAAGGUUUAUGAUGUCACCCCGUUCAUGGAUGAUCAUCCUGGGGGAGAUGAUGUUUUAUUGUCCUCAACUGGAAAAGACGCUACAAAUGAUUUUGAAGACGUGGGUCAUAGUGAUUCUGCCAGAGACAUGAUGGAAAAAUACUACAUCGGUGAAAUUGAUUCAACCAGUCUUCCUCAAAGACGCACUCACAUUCCUAAACCACAAACCAGCUACAAUCAAGAUAAGAGUUCAGAGUUUUUGAUAAAGAUCUUGCAGUUUCUAGUGCCUCUUUUAAUCUUAGGCCUAGCAUUCGCAGUCCGUCACUACACCAAGAAAGACUAGGCGUACGAACAUAUCAGUACCCUUUACUUUAUAAGGGAUUACUGUGGAUCAAAUGAGUUGCGUUUUUUAACUUUAUUUAUCUUUCUAGUUUUCCCGCAAUGGCUUGUGUCAAAAAUUUUACUAGGACAAUAAAUUAUGGAACUCUGAUUGGUUAUAGGACAUUCGUUGCGUCUGUCGGAUCAUAAGCGGGUUCUUAUUUUUUCUUCGAUGGAUGACAAUUAGUGUUCUUAUUUUCUUGAUUUUCCUAAUGCAGCAUUGAUAUUGUGGUC